AGCCUACAGUAAACGCGCUAAACUAAAGUACAAGGUGGUACCCUGACCUUGUUCCUCACGCUGUGGGCCUAUUUCAUUGAUAUUGCCAAAGAUUUUUGAAGCUUUUUUAAGGAUGCGAAGACGCUUGGUAGUUCUUACGUAAACAGUUCAGGUCUUAAUUAACAUUUAUAGUGUGAAGAACUAAAGCUUCCACCAGAUAAUUACGACGUAGUUACAGACGCUUGCUGUAGUAUAUUCCAAAGCGGAUUGCGCGUUUGGAUUACUUGAACUCAAUGAAUAUUGUGUUGUGAAAUCACCUGAUGUAUCAUGAAUCUUAGUAAAGUAGCUGGAAAAAGUAUUAUAUUCAAAUAGGCCAGGUACGUCGGUGUCAGAUUGCUCCUCAGUCUACAGGUGGUUAAUUUGGGUUUGCCCAACCUUCCUAACCGUUCAUUGUAAAAUAACUAAGCAGAUGUCCUGUAAACUCUUACCAAUGGACUGUAGACAUUCAUGGAGUUGCAUUCAAGACAAGGGUUUGUGACAUCCACAGGGGGCUUUUAUUUUGACCAUACCGGUGUUUAAUAAAGCAUCUUGAAUAGAUUGUUUAUCUAAUUUCUAUCCAGAUUAUGGUUUAGGACAAACAACUCUCAUAUCACAGUACCAUUCAGAAUUAAGAUUUUAAUUUCCAUUAGUAUGUAACAUACUCGUAUUGAUAUGAACUGUCACACACAUUGAAUAUCUUUUCCGGAGAUAUUUGUUGGGUGCUCAAACGCGUUUGUUUGAUUAUAACAGGUCGAUUGUUUAAUCGAAAAGUAGGAGCAUAAUGUUAGUCCUAGGAUAAAGAAAAUGUACAAUUGUUUUCACACAAAUAUUGGUGGGACUAAUUUAUACACAAUGACGCUAAGGUUACCUAAUGACAGCUCACAUACUCCUGUUGCACCUCGUGAAGCAGCAUAGACCGCCCACCAGUAUUCCCCACCGAACUUUGUUCUGGGCGGUCCUUUCCAGCUGUUACUUAUCGUUUUGAUUUCUACCCCCAACUCCCGACCUAAUGUAAUCUUUUUCUUUUACUUUCCGGAUUCCAAGUUAACGCUUUUUUCGUUACACAGUUUCAUUUCCUUAUUGUUUGUCCUAUCGAUUUCCAGCGUCUUUUUCUAACUUCCUCUUCAGGUGUAAGCUGGUUUGUUUUCUCCCGCAAAAAAUUGUUGCUGAUGAUAUCCGGUCAACAACAGGGAAGAGUAAGCAGCCUCUUCUGACACUAGUCCUGACUUGGAAUGCUUCUGUCAGCUGUCUUCCAUGUACAACUUUUCAGAGUAGUCCGUCGUAUGAAUUCUGGAUGAUAUUGACGAUUUCGUCAGGUACACCAUAGUGUCGAAGAUUGUUCCGUAGAGUCCUCCUAUCCUAACUGUCAAGUGCUCCUCAUAGUAAAAAAAGUUGAUGUGCAGUGAAGAAUUCCAUUCAAUUGAUUAUUCAGCAAUGAUCUGUAGUGUCGCGAUUUGGUCUGUACACGACCGGUCCUUACGGGAUCCGGUCUGUUGAUCUCAAAGCUUGGCGUCUACUGAAUCUCCCAUCCUGCUUAGCAACACUGUUGAAAACUUUUCCCGUUACCGAUAGUAGUGUGAUGCCUCUUUAGUUUUCACAUUCGCUCAUGUCUCCCUUCUUUGGUAUCUUGGUGAGAUAUGCUUCUUUUGAGUCUGUCAGUGGCACUUGUUCUUCCUCCCAAAUCUUUCUAAAUGAAACGUGGAGCAUGUUUGUAGUUACUUCGAUGUCUGAAUUCAGUAUUUCAGCUGGUAUAUUGUCAAGUGCUACUGCUUUCUCACUCUGAUUUGUCUGAUGGCCAUGUUGAUUUCUCUGAUCGUUGGUGGAGUGAUAGCUGUAGGAAGGUCUUUGUGUACUCUUAGAUGUUCCGUGAGUUCAGUGGAGCUGGCCUAUCCGAGAGUUCCUCGAAGUAUUCUACCCAUCUGUCAACUUUUCCGCUCUGCUAGCUAUGAUUUCUCAUGAAAAUCCAAACAAAAUUAACGCUUACAUGAUAAAUGGCUGAUCAUAUCUACCUUCUAAUUUUAUUCCCCUUCUUUCUGCCAGUACUACCUUAGUGUUUUAGAUUUGUACCUAGUCUCCUCACUCUUUGAUUCGAUACUGUUAAAACGCAGUUUCUUCACUUUUAUAUAUGGUUGUCUAUCACCACUUGAUUGUGUGCUCACUCAUUUGACUUUGUGUUUAGAAAUCAUUUUUUAAAAUAUACACUGAGUAGUUGAAAUGCUAUUAUUUACGACCUAGGAAACUCUUGGGGUCGGUAAAUAGACCUAGAUCAGAAAAAACCAACUAAUACUUUUGCGAUUUGUGUAGAGGCUCUGAAAAUCGAAUACUGACAAUAUGGAUAAAUGAUAAACCUGUUGUUUUAGUGUUUCAUGUUCACAAGGUUUUUCUCAUUUUAGUAGAUCUCUGCUCAUUUUUGGAUUGCAGUAUCAUUUAAUGGGCCAUUUACUGAUUACCAAUAUGUAGGUCACAUAAGAUGGGGCUUCCUCAUUUACCUUUUGCCCACUGUAUCACUCAGUGAAGUUAUAAACCAGAGGGGAUAACACAAAAUUAUUAGUUGGUAAGAAUGCUUGAUACCUUCAAAAGAAAUUCAACAUUCUUCUUAGAACCAAAACGGCAUAUAAAACCAACCAUAAGAGUUUGACCUCUUAUAUUUGAUCAACAUCUGACGGGAUAAUUAAUCACACCCAAAUCAUGUUCAUUCGGUCCAUCAUUGAUAGUUUUCCGAAAACGUGGAUCAUUCAAAAGAGAUAUCUCCCAAAGAUUAAAAUUCCUGAAUAUCUUUUAGACAGAACAGUAAAACCAGAAGAAGUUUUAAGUCGCCUUACACCUGAGGAUACAGAAAGGUUGGAAUUUUGUAUGGCAGAAUAUCAAAAUAUGCUUGAGAAAGGUGCUGAUGUUCCGAAGUCUUUAAAUAAAAGGAAUGUUCUGGACCUGUUGUGCUGCACCAGUCCUACAUCUCGAAUAAAAUUUCUAAGGUUUUUGUUCAAGUGUGAGAAGCGCGAUGAAAAUGCUCUUAUGAAAAAGUUAGAGAAGGUAACUGUUGUCUCUGACAGAACACAUGGAUCUUGUGACCGUAUUCUUCGAAUAAUUGAUGACAAAUGUUUCCGUUCACAUUGGGAUUUUUGGCAAGCUUCUGAAAUACGUUGUCCCGAUUCAGCUCAGCCUUUAUUAUUUGAUUUCUCAUAUGAAUCUGAGAUGAGAUUAGUUGAUUUAAGGUCUCUCUCCAAUCAAAUGACGUAUGUUCUGAACAGGAAUCGUAUAAUGAGACCUCAUCCAUUCCAUAUGGUGCUUUGUGGUUUAAAACAAGGAACAAAUCAGUUUGCUUACAUGGAAGAAGCUUUUGGUGUGAAUGCGAAGCUAUCAACUAUUAAAAGCUUGAACGAGCUUCCGUGGACGAUCACUCCCAAUCAUUUUUCCCAUGAAUAUCCUAUUCAUGAUUUAGAACAGCCUGUUAUACUGUUGUCGCCAAAUGCACGUCAAACAUUUGAAGCUGGUGAAUAUGACCAUAAUGCUGCUUAUGUCAUUGGGGCAAUAGUGGAUAAAGCUGUUCGGAGACCAAUUUCUUCUGCAAUAGCUCGACAGUUACGCAUAAAAUGUGUCAGUUUACCUUUGGAUCGCUAUAUAAAAUGGGGAAGUGGCAAAAGCAAAACACUAUCCAUAAACUGCAUUCAUGCGAUAAUGUGUGCAGCCAAGGAAACUAAUGGAGACUGGAAGAGAGCUCUACUUGAAAAUAUUCCUUCACGAUUUUAUGCUCUUCCAUCAAAAGAAUCUGUUGUAUAUAAAAGUACAUAAAGCCGCAUUUGUCUUUACGUAUGCUUUUUGAUAAUACAUAAUCCUUCUUAAUGUGUAAGUAGUCCAAUUCAUAGUACUUUAAUAGAUGUUAACGUAGCUCUAAUAUUGCGCAAACAUAUGCCAAUUACUUCUGAUAUUCUUAAAUUACGUAUAUGACAUUAUUUGUUUAUAAUGUAUACAAUACCGAGAACACUUUCAUUUCAUCAACUAAUAUCCCAGUCUUUUUUUUACAUAUGAGUACCAAGUCGGAUAGAAAACCAUAUAUAGUAAAUUAUAAUGGGUUUCGCGUAAUGCAUGCAAUUGGUUAAGCUGUUUGAAUGCAUCAACGUACUGUAAAAUGUGGUAGAUUCAGUUGUCGUCUCUACAGUUUGUUUCAAAGCUAUUCCUUGAUAUUGAUCUGGGAUCUUCGUAACUAAAGAUAGUUAUGUCAAUUGAACGGUCUAUGUUAAUACGAACACCUGUCUUUACCCUUUUAUUGAUCGUUU